AAGCACCUUGAGGCCUUUCUUAUAGCUGAACGCUGACCAGCUUCCUACCAUCACUUUUCUUCUACUCUCUUCUGCUUCGUCUUUCCAGGGCCUGUUCUAGUCCUGCCGCAUCUGUGGUGAGCAACAUAUGUCUCCUGCCCUCGGUCUCUUGACAUAGGCUGACAACAUCUCUGUUACAGCGUUAUUCCGCCCAUCUACCAUCAGCUUGCGUCGCUGAAUCGCCGAGCUCAUACACACUCGAUACACUCCUCCCUCUCCGCCCUUCCCCACAUCACCAUGAUGGCUCAUCAAGACGACAUGCACUCACAUCCUUCGUUCCCCAGCGCCACGCCGGAACAUCCUUCCGUGGACAACUUCUCAGAACAUCGCAGUCCGCAGUACAAGGUCUCCAACGAGCCCUCGUCCUCCUUCGCUGACCGUCGGGUUGCCCGCGUCAUGCCAGGCCCCGAGCUAAAAUACACCUCGGACCUUGACGAUGAUGGCGACUUCGACAUGAUCUCUCACAGCGAAGUCGCUGCCUCCAGGACUACCUCGGAGACAGCGGGAUCAGACGACACUGUCAUCAAUUCACUCGCUACUAUAGCCACGGCUACAACUUCAGUUGUCCCUGGGUCCGCUUUGACCAUAGACAAUAUGAACCUCCUCGAUACACAGUUGCCCCUUGGUACCGUGAGCACCUAUCGGUGGAUUUGGGGCCAGGGCUGCCCUGGUGGCUUCGACAUCAAGGACAACUCGUCCAAGGACAGCAUGAAGGUCCACAUCUCGCACUCGCGCGUUAGCAGAGCUACAGACACCCUUGAGAACGAGUAUGGCAUGGCCAACCAUCCUUCCGAAGCUUUCAUCACUUGCGCCGGUGACUGGGCCGACGUGGCUGCCGGUCCCGCUCCCGCGGCAAUCCACUUGGACAUCUAGUGCGAUGGUCUUGUUAGCUUUUCUUCUUAUCCGUUACGAAUUGCCGACUACUUUGCAUCUCAAUCUACACCUCCCUUGAUUCCCUUUCCUUGUACCAUGCCGAGGUUUUCGAGGAAGCUAGAGAUCGCAAAAGGUUGAUCA